AUGACACCAAUAAAGAAAGGAAUCUCUCAAGAAGAAAAGCAACACAAGCUUCUUCAAUGGUUUCAAUCAUCACACGACUUCUAUACGCUUAAAGAAAUUGAACAGAAAGCAAGUAAACAAUGUAAGAUUCCUCCCAUGCAAAUCAAAGAUUUGGUAAUGGCAUUAGUGAAUGAUGGAUUGGUUGAACAAGAGAAAAGUGGAAUUACGAAUCUAUAUUGGAGCUUUGAGUAUAGUAAACUUAAAAACUGUUCUGACAACUUUCAACGACUUCAAGAAGAACACGGUGUCAAAGAAAUGGAACUAAUGGAUUUAAAACAGGAGUUGGCUGCUGCUAUAAAUAAUCGUAAUACUAUGACAAAUAGACAACUAAUGCUUGAUCAAGCACAACAACUUCAAUCUCGUAUACAAUGUUUGGAGGAAAAGGUCAUGUUUGCAAAGCAAACGGAGAUGGUGGGGACUUUAAAAUCAAGUAUUGAGUUCUAUACGGAGACUUUAGAGACUGCUCUCGGUUACUUUUCGUAUCUCACUGGUAUGCCUCAAAGUGUAUUGAAACAAGAAUUGGGACUUCCUCUGGAUUUUGACGACAUCCCCACAAUCUGUCUUUGA